AUGGCCCUCGGCUCAUGCAGCCCAGAUGCCGUUGUCAUAUCGGCAUUGCCACUCUUGCAUCCCGGCAUCUCGAGCCCCACCGCAAGUCCCCGAUUCCGUGCCGUGCUACUUGCGCCCUCUUCCAAGUCGAAACCAUUUAUCCGAUCCCCUGAGAAACCUCCCUCCUCCAUCUCUCCUCAUCCAGUAACCAAGCCCGGGUCACCUUCUGUUUCCACGCACAUUGUCAUCCUCGUUGUCACUACUACCAAGCGCCCAAACCAUGACAUCCUCUUGCACACCCAAUCUCAACCAGAACAUGUCAUGAACCGUUGUUACCCCACGACCAUCCCCUAG